AUGCUCGCGGCAAAGAGUCUCCCGGCCGUGUGCCUGCCGUGCCGGCUCAGGAUAUCGGCCUCACAAUUCCGCCAUGUGGCCCCGAUGGCGAGGUCGCAGCGCCUGCAAUCCAAAGUCGGAGCAGCUCCACCCGUGAAGCGCACCUUCACGACCACGACCCGGGCGCGAGGGAACGAUGCCACCACUGAGACGUCGGCAGCGACAGCGACUCAGUCAGACGAAGCGUCGUCGUCCUUUUCCGAGGCGCCGAAGUUGACGGUCGAGGAGAGGGUGCGGGGAGCGCGGCAGCUCUUCGGGGACGCGUUGCCGCGCGGGGCGUUGGCCGAGGAGGAAUACGUCGUGUAUGAGCGGCUAUACGGGACGCCCGUGUUUGUGGAUCGGAUGGAGGAUAUUGAGGGGUUCAAGGGGGUUGGGGGAGAAGAGGGAGAGGAGGUUUUUGAUGAGGAGGAGGAAGGGGCGAGCGAGGGGGCUAGUGUGUUGCAGAGACGGAUGAGCGAUGGGCGGUUCGAGGAGGUGGAGGUGUUUGAUGAGUUUUGGGAGGAGGAGGAGGAUGGGGAUACGGAGGUGGAAGGGAGAGGGGAGGGAUUGGAGAGGGAGAGGGAGGAGGGGAUGACGAGGGAGGAGUGGGAGGCUAUUAAGGAAAAGAAGGCGGAGAGGUAUCAUCGGGAGGUGUAUGAUAAGAGUAUGGCGUCGUUGGAGGGGAUUAUGGAAGAGGAGGCAGGGGAAGAGGGAGAGCAGGAGGAAGAAGACGAUGGGUUCAUGAGGGCGCAUCCCUUGACGAUUGCGGGACGGUUCAAACCUUCGCCGUCGACUGUGUUCCUCCCCAAGGAGACGCUCGUGGAUCCCGUCGCGGAGAUACUGACGCGCGCGAACCACAAACACCUCGCCGAGUCGGCGAAGAAUAUCUUUGGGGGACACGGGCUGCCGCAUUCGGCGACGACGCCGGCCGCGCACCUCAACAAGGAGCAGAAGCCUAUACCGCUGGAUCCGUCGCAGGCGGACAUGGGCAAUAUCGAGAGCGAUUCGUACUUGGCCGCUGUGAUGCCGGGCACGUACGCCACGGUCAUGAGCACGCUGGUGGAGGUGCGGAAGAGGCUGGGUACACCGUGGAUGGAACACCUGCUGAAGAAGAAGGGCGGGCCUCUCGUUCUGGACGCAGGCGCUGGCGGUGCCGGCGUGCUCGCCUGGCACGAGGUGCUCAAAGCAGAGUGGGCACGCAUGCACGAGGAGUCGGGCAAUGUCUCGCACGGUGCCGCACCGCUGGGCAAAUCGACCGUAUUGACGGCUUCGUCUACAUUGCGGCACCGCGCCAGCCGUCUGCUGGAGAACACGACGUUCAUCCCUCGCCUCCCGGACCUGGACGCCAAGGACGUGAGAGACGAGGUGGAGAGGGAGAUCAACGUGCAGCAGCCGCGGAAACUGUACGAUCUCAUCAUCGCGCCGCACACGCUGUGGCCGUUGAAGCAGGAGUAUCAGCGCAAGGAGCAGGUGGAGAAGUACUGGUCGCUGCUGAAUCCCAAGGGGGGUGUGCUCAUCAUACUGGAGAAGGGGUUGCCGAGGGGGUUUGAGGUGGUGGCGGCCGCGAGACAAUUCCUGCUGGAGAAGCGGAUCAAGUCUCCUGAUGCCACUACUGCAGGUACUCAGGAGGAGGAAACGGCUUCCUCCUCCACCCCAGACCCACGGCAGAACGCAGACGACGCCGAUCUCCGCGAAACCGGCAUGAUCAUUGCGCCCUGCACCAACCACGGCCGGUGCCCCAUGUACAAAACCCCGGGCGUCUCGCUCGGCCGGAAGGACUUCUGCUUCUUCAGCCAGCGGUACAUACGCCCGCCGUACCUGCAGCGCAUACUGAACGCCACGGACCGCAACCACGAGGACGUGCAGUUCAGCUACCUGGCCGUGCAGAGGGGCCGCGACCAGCGAUUGCCGCUGCAUGAUCUCCUGGGCAAAGGCGUCGUGCAGGGCGAGGAGGCGACGCUCAAGGCGUUUGCGGGCCAUGAGUGGAAAGUUGCGUCUCCGGGCUCGACUACGACGUACACGAAUGGACCGACAUCUACAACAACAUCAACAUCGUCAUCAUCAUCGGCUCUCUCAGAAUCAUCACAACAACCCCUCGAAGUCGAGCCCCAAACCGCCGCCGACAUCAACCCGCUCACCCUGCCGCGCCUCAUCCUCCCCGCGCUCAAACGCCGGGGCCACAUCGUCAUGGACGUGUGCACGCCGUCGGCCACGCUCGAGCGCUGGACGGUACCCCGGUCCUUCAGCCGGCAGGCCUUCCGGGACGCGCGCAAAGCACAGUGGGGGGAUCUGUGGGCCUUGGGCGCCAAGACGCGGAUCGAGAGGAGUGUGAGGCUCGGACGCCCCAGGGACGAGUUUGAUAAGAAGGGGAGGAGGGUUAAGGGUGGGAAUAAGGUGAGGAGGCAGGUGAUUGAGAUUGAUGUCGGGGAUGAGGGGAGGGUGGAGGGGAUGAGGGCGAGGAGGGAUGGGAGGGGUGGGUUUGUGGAUGGUGCGGAUGGGAGGGGGUGGGAUAGGAAGAUUCGGGGGAGUGGGGGGAGGAAGGGGAGGAGGAGGGGGGUGAAGAGUGGGGAGGAGGUUUUGGAGGAGUUGAUAAAGUACAAGAAGAAGGAGAAGAAGAAGGAGAAGAAGAAGGAGAAGAAGAAGGAGAAGGAGAAGGAGAAGAAGAAGGAGAAGAAGAAGGAGAAGAAGAAGGAGAAGAAGAAGGAGAAGAAGAAGGAGAAGAAGAAGGAGGAGAAAGCAAUAAUAGAGACAGAGACAGAGACAGAGAACAGAGAACAGAGAACAGAGAACAGAGAACAGAGAACAGAGACAGAGACACAGACGGAGAUAGAGACAGAAAAGAAGCAACUCAACUUCACCGCAAAGAGUCCCGACACCACCACCACCAACACUUAA